CUCCGUGAUUUCAGUUCUCCACAGCCUACCUGACCGCGACGCGAGACGGACGUGUUCAGUAAGCGUCCUGCUUGUACACCUUUACAACUCCUGCAUCUCCCGCCGCCCUUACCCUGCACCAUGAAGGCCCAGGUGUGUGACUCCCCAGUGACCAACAUCCCCGCCAUCAGGAGCGGAAAGGUCUCCAAGAGCCGCGAGGAGGACUUCGAGAUCUCCCUUUACCUGGACAAGCUGAGGCACCUGUUGCCCGCCAGCCCCAGCGCCCCGCCACCCACCACCUCCAGAAAGCACGACAAGAAGCUCAACAGACUGGAGGUGAUCGAGAAUGUGAUCCAGUACAUCAGCGAGCUGCAGGAAGUGCUCCAAAUCGACGUGCACGCCCGCGAGAUGGACCUGCUGGAGUACGAAACUAGCAGCAUCACUCUGGCGGCGUGAGGAAGCUGCCCAAGCAGAGGUGAGAGUCGCCUCGGCCUGCACCUCGCCCGCCACGCACGCACGCACGCACACCGCCCUUGUGGUCCUCCCGCACCUGUUCCACGACCUCGCUCGCCUCACCAUCGGAGAGAGCGGGCGGGAGGAGGGGCCUCGCCAGCCACGACUGUAGGACACCAGGAAGAUAGCAAUUACCUGGCGAGUACCUGCGGGGCCACUCAAGCGAAACAGACCCCGACCCGACAACCACCACCUGCUGCAAAUUUGAAGUAUAUCAAUUGUUUCUCCGGUGGUGCGUGUGCGUGUGUGUGUGUGCAUGUGACUCAACAAACUAGCGGCCGAGGGCAGCGUCCCGCUUGGUGAACUCCUGUGACAAAGUUCCUAGAAAAGUGACGCCAAGUCGCCACUCGAGUUGAGCGGCUUCUGAGAUAAAAUAAUAGACAUGGACAAAUAUAAAUGCAGUGUUUGUCGUGUGUGCGCGCGUGUGUUAGUCUGUUGGUAGAAGAAUAAUACAGUACAAGAACACUCCUCACCACCCCCACCCCAACAUCGCCGCUGCAGAGGCGCCAAGUGUCCUGCAGGGGUGAGACUGACUGUUGUAACUCAUGAUCUCUAGGAGGCGCUGCUUCAUAAACCUACAGUCGCCGCCACAGUGUCCUUGCCGGUUGUGUACUUCGUCCUGAGAGCGACUGACCCAUUCAUUCCUCACGACGCACCACGUCCCUCACACGUGUCCCCACACACCCGCAGCACACCGUCUUCCUCUCCACCUACACCUGUCACGAGGUCCCUCUCUAAAGUUGCACAUCAAGACAGAAGACUGGCUAUGGUGCAACUUUGUAGACACCAUCGCACCGCUCCACUACAAAGGAGCAGCGUCCUCGCGACGUCACCCCAGACCCCAGGCGCCCAAUACCCAGAAGGUGACGUCAGACCAAAAGAAACGCCGUCCCUUCGCGAUCCGACAGCCCAUCACCUACACCCACCAUCCAAGGAGAUGUUAUCGCGAAGGGCGUGACGGGAAUCGAGGUCCUGUGGUUCCAGCACAGUGCUUUCGGUCGGAGAGAGGGAGGGGAGGUAGGGAUGCGGGUGCCUCGGAGCAAAUCCUUGGUAACCCGAGAUGAGAAAAACGCUAUCCCUCCUGAGGCCCGGCCAGCCCGCGGCCGCGACAGGUGCACCUCCCCAGCCCGGCCCACACCCCCCUCCCUUUCUCUCGGCCUCGCUCGCCCGCCCGGGGACCACCCACCCGGCCUGCCUCACUGGCACCGCUGGUAACUGAGACGUGAAGAAUUUUCCUCGCCUCGCUGAUCCUACAGGCAAUUAUCAGUGCCCAGCCAGCCACCACUUCCAGGCCGGGCCCUUCCACGCCAGAACACGAACAAUGCUGUACAUUAAAAAAAAAUGGAUUCGGUGCUACAAAUCGCAAGGUGCUUGUUACUCCUUCCCCUUCCCCUCUCAUCCCACCGGCCAGUCACUCAGCCUGGGCUUCCCGUGGCCAGUGCCAGGCCGGCAUCCCUGCCUGGGUGUGGGGAAUCUAAUGGCAGUUCUCCCCAAAUGUUUACAAGUAUCUCAUCAAGCUUCGUAAUUACUUUGGUCGCUUAUUAUUAUUUUUAUGUAGGACAUAGUGCUUGGAUGUGUGUGUGUCUGUGUGUGUGUGUGUGUGUGUGUGUGUGUGUGUGUGUGAAAUGUUCUCAUUGCCACAUCUUGAUUGUUGCAAAUGUUAAUCAUCGCGUGGUGUAGUGUGGGCGCGUGGGACUGUGUGUGUUUGCCCCAGAGAGAGCAGCGUCGACCCUCGUUAGACUCUGGGCUGGGGAGGGAGGGCAGGGGGUUGCCUAAUCUCCAGUUCCUCGCUCUGAUCCCACCUGCAGAUAGCACACACACACACACACACACAGCAGUCUGAACGACCCCUCGGUACUCCCUCCUUCCCUCCCGAUAACCACAGCUCUUCAGACUCCCUCCACGACAAAGGGAGUGCUUAAUGGCGCGCCUUAGAGGUCGUGUAAGAGAUCUUGAGGCCUGAUUGUUCCCUCCCCUCAACCCUCCACAGCCCUCCCUCCACCCGCCUCUCACGUAGCACACAACAUUCCAUCACUGUAAACUCUAAGCUGAGAACACAACAGGUGGGACAGAAAGAUUCGAGGGUCUACGUUAGUCUCCUCUUGCUCUGCCUCACUCUCGUGUCUCCUUCAUCAUCUCCAUCGGCCGAGGCAUCAGUGUCAGGUUGAGUGUAGUGGAGGGAAGCACACAUCAUCCCCACCACCAUUACUUAUCACGAUGAAUUGUUGUUGUUGUUGUUGGAUGAUCAUGUUUCGCCAGGGUUGUCUUCAUCAUCAUUAUUGUUGUUGUUGUUGCUUGUGCUGCUACGCCCGCUACUUUUACCAUUACUCCCCAACAACAACAACGACGACGACAUAAGCUGUAACGACUUCGGAUUUACUAAUACGAUACCCCGUCACUCGUCUCUCAUUUUUGUUGUAUAUCAUGUCAUGGUAGUGAAUCAUGGAGCACAGAGAGGAAAGCUACGAUGUUCACCCAUUUUGCCGAUUACAAGGAGAAAAUGUUGAGAAAAAAAAAUUAGAAAAAAUGUUAAAGAAUCUGUUACUGUCAUAUUAUGUGGCAGAGGAAUUUUCAUUAAUAUUCGUGUCAUUAUUAUUAUUACUAUUAUGAUCAUGGGGCAUUUUGUUGUCAAAGUUUUGUGAUGUGAAGAUUGCUGUGGCAAGUCGUGAGGUUAUGGGGGGAGGGGACGGGGCGGGUGGGGGUGCUGGGCAAAGUGGUAGCGGGUUUGGAGGCGCCCACACGGUCCAUUCAAAUUAUGUAAGCAGCAAAAAAAAAAAAAAAAUUGUGAUGUAAAAAGGCCCCAAUUAACUGUGAGAAGGGACACAAGAGGAUUAAGGUGUACUGUUUUGUAAAGAAUUUGCUGGUAGGGCUGAAGGAUCUUUUGUUGUAUGUGUUUGUUACCCUGGUGUGUGGCGCCUCUGGACUUGCUCUCUCAUAACUCCUGUGAUAGUCCGGCCUCUGUGGUCCGUGCCGGCAACCAAUGUAUAUUUAUUGUAAUUAAACUUCCUUUUUUAGAA